AUGGCAUCAGCGUGUUAUCAACGAGGUGAUUACAAAACGGGUGCUUGGUCGCCGGAAACAUCCAGCACCACCUACUAUGGAUGGCGCAAACCGCGAGGUGGACAACGCAUGACUUUACAGAAAGGCGUGAAAGAGAUCACGAAAAACCUUGUAUACACUUCAGUCGGUCGCUGUUAUAAGCCAGACACGACUAAGUCGAGCUGUCAUCUUAUUGGACAUCACCGCGAAGAUAUUGCAAGGGCCAACUUCUUUGCUUGGAAGAAGAAGAAAUCGACAACUGGAGAAAACCCGUGGAGGGAUGUGGGCGGGCUUACGUCUAGUAUGCGAAGGGGCGAGAUAGCCCAAGUGGUUAGAGCGCGAAUUUACCGACCGGAAGGUCCGUGGCUUAAGCAACCUGGCAGUAUCCCAGCCCUCGUGCUUCCUCCGGGUGGCAUGGCAGCUAGGCACCGGAAGGGUGCUACAGCUGAACAAUUUUAUGCGAAAUGGAUGAAGGGCAGACAUCCCACGAGUAGCGCACCCGAUACCGGUAACAGUAUACCCCGCAUGUUCAGGUUUCAUGCAAAGAACAUAACCAGUCGGAUCGUAAUAGGAAUUUCAGAGGAUAAGAUAAAGAAUAAUCGUUCAGCUGUAGCGCCCAUUCGGUGCCUAGCUGCUAUGCCGCCUGAAGGAAGCACGAGGGCUGGGAUACUGACAGGCCGCCUAGACAGGGGAAGUCGAGAGGCAAAAGUCGGGCUCAAACGACGGAUCUUUCGGUCAGUGCUCUAA